CGUGCUAUAUGUUUAUGCGCGAUUCGUCGACCGACGACUCGAUGAUGACGCUCACCGGCCGUCGCGCGCGUACAGGCGGAACAUCCUGGCGAGAGCGGUGCUUCAAAACGAGCCACGUUUAGUGGCUCGUGUUCAGUAGCGAAGCGCGCUUCGCGCUGGAUGGAUCGACGGUGAUUGUAUGUUGCAUGAACGCUCGCUCGUCGGCGACGGGACGUGCGAUGCGCUUCGGCAGGACUGAACGAAUAAUUGAUCGGGAUACGCACGGCAGAGGUUCAACAUGUCCAUGAAGAAAGAGUCGCCUUGGGACGUGGAGCUGCAUUUGGCGGCGGCACGCGGGGACGCCAAGCGUCUUCGUGUUUUAUUAGAUUCUGGACGCGUUCACGUUGAUUGCAAGGACAAGGACGGCACGACACCUUUGAUAUUAGCCGCCGCUGGUGGCCACAUGGAUGCCGUGACCGAGCUGUUGCAUCAAGGGGCGGAUCCCAAUGUCAAAAGGCUGACCGGGACAACGGCUUUAUUCUUCGCCGCCCAGGGCGGAUACAUGGACAUCGCGGGUUUGCUUUUGGAGCAUGGCGCGAUCGUGGAUUCAUGCAGCAUAGACGGCGGCACGCCACUCUUCGUCGCAUGUCAGUAUGGUCAUCUGGAUGUUGUGGAGGGCUUAAUAGAGAGAGGCGCCAGUCCGAAUGCUCAUAUGAAGGAUGGUGCCACAGCGUUGUUUAUUGCUGCCCAAAACGGCCAUGUUCGUAUUCUGGAAGUCCUCCUGGAGCACGGGGCGAAGACGGACGCGGUAAGAACGGACGGCGCUACACCACUGUGGAUCGCAUCGCAAAUGGGACACGAUCAUGUCGUCAGAAGGCUGUUGAGAGCCGACGCGAAGGUCGACGCCACGAGACACGACGGCGCAACCCCGCUUUUCAAAGCUGCCCACAAAGGUCACACCGCUGUCAUCGGCGAAUUGCUCAAGUACCGUCCUUCACUCGGCAUACUCCCGAACGGCGAAAGUGCAUUACAUGCAGCAGCCUUGACGGGACAUAUGACAGUUGCGAGGCAGCUCGUAGGAGCGGGGGCUGAUCCUUUACUCGUAAAUCAGGAAGGCAUCACGCCACUUCAACUGGCUGUCCGACACUCGCAGACGCAAGUCGCCAAUUACCUGAGGGAUAAAGUGAGAGUGCGAACUGCAUCCUGUUAGCGAUACUUCCUUUAUCUUGAUAUUACCAUAUCGAGAAUCUCGAGAUAUUAUUCGAUGAGCUCGGCUCAAUGAUCGCAGUAUUUUUAAGCAGGAUAUAAAGCAUAAAUGAUGAAAAAGAGUAGCCUGUUUUUAAAAUCGAUAGUUUUAUUAUGAUAAAAGAAUGUUAUAUGUGAAGUUUUUUUCAUUAUUUUAUUAUAUAUUAUUAUAUAAAGAAUGUUAUGUAUUUUUUUUAAGAAUGCGAAGCAUAAUGUAUAUCUUCUUAGUACUGAUGAAGAAACCCUUACCGACACUGAAAAUAAAAUAAAGCUAUUCUUUUUCAUGUGUUACUCUGUACUACAUAAGUGAUAUUAAUAAUCACAAUAAGCACGCGAAAGAUGUGACAAUGAAGAGAAAUUUAAAUUCAUGCAGUAAUGACAGCGGAUACAUUAACCAGAGUAAGUUGAUUACAUUAAUAAAGAUUGUAAGCAGGAAUCCGUCUUUAUGGAAGUGAUUAGGAUCUGUUUGUUUGCAUCGUUCUUUUUUACUCCAAAGCCUUUCCUUUAAAGUACUGAAAAUAAUAAAAACGCACGAUUGAAAUAAACAGAUCCAUUAUUAUGUAGUGUACGUAAUCAUGAUACUAUUUUGUUGUAAAUUUCGAUAAAAAUAUUUUAAUACAGUUUUCUAUUGUCAGACAUAUAAAAUGACGUUAGAAUGUUGUGAACGUCAAAAAAUAAUCUACUUCAUUCUGUUAUAUUCCACAGUAUAACAUAUACAGCGAAUUCGAUUGGAUUGCACUUAGUACACUGAUGCACAUUAAAGCCGUCGUACACAAAUUAACAUAAAGAUAUACGUUUAUUAUAAACGUGGAAAUUGGUUAAAUCAUGAAAUAUUUAAUACAUUUUAUCGUGCUGUUAGAUAAAGUAUGCAUCUUAUAAUUCAAAAUAUGUACAUUUUAGUUUUUUUUUACGCUCAGAUUAAAUCAGUGUACGGCUUUAAUAUGCACUAGUAUGUCCAAUCGAAAAUUCCCUAAUAGAUUUUAUAAACUUCAUCUCAGCAGUAAUUUCAUGCGAUGAAAAUGCAAUGAAAAUUUCAUGUACAUAUAUAUCAGCAGUCUGUUUACAAAAUAAUUAUAUUGAUUAUUAUAUAAUUAAUGAAAAGAACAUCAAUUAAUUUGUUGAAAUUAAUGAGUUUAUAAGACUGACUGAUUUGCCUUGAGAUAAAUAUUUUCUUAUUGUAGGUACAGAUAUAAAUUCCAGAUCUUUUAUCUAUUCUAUUGUGUAAGGGAUGUGCAAGGCGGUAAAGUCAUUUGUUAGAAAUUAAAAUAUUUUAUUAUAUACAUAAAAUAGAAUAUUGAC